CGGAGGAGGAGGAGGAGGAGGAAGCCGGAAGCUCCUGGUGUAACGCUGUCACCGGAGCUAAUGCGGAAACCGUGUACGCGCUAAAGCCCCGUGAACGCAGCAGCUUUGUCAACAUGCACCGCACAAACGGCCGGAGCUGUCCACCGUCCAAUCCUCACCUCGGAGCUCCUUCAGCGGCGUGUUAACAAGUUCACGAUGCGGUGUUUCAGCGCGCCGAGCUAGCCAAGCGCUGGCUAACUACCCCCCCCCCAACUCUCUUCUUUCACCUCGACCAGCUAAACGCGGAGGAGCGAGUCGUCGUCGUCGAGCUCGGGAGCUAGCGUGGCGGCGAACAUGGCGAUCGUGUCCGGCUCCUGUGCCCGCGUGAACGGCUCCAGGAACGGGCCCUCGGCGUCGGCGACGCCCCCCGCCGCCGCCGCCGGCCCCGCGGGACAGUCCCAGCCCAUGAUCGCGGUGUGGGAAUGGCAGGACGACCUGGGCUACUGGCGGCCGUACAGCGGCCAGGUGAGCGCCCACAUCGAGCGGUGCCUGGCGCCGCGGGGCCAGAGAGGAGCGGGCGGCGGAGGACCCGGCUCAACGAGCAUCUGCCUCGGCCAGUCGGACCCCAGCCUGUCGCCGUAUCUCAUCGACAUACCGAGCCUGAAGCAGUUCCGACAGGACACAGGAAAGACGCGCUCGGUUCGCCGCUCCCUGUUCGCCCAGUCCUCCGGCCUGGGCAGCGGCGUCUACUGGGAGUGGGCCAACGACGAGGGAGGCUGGACCCCGUACGAGACCCGGACCUCCAUCCUCCUGGAGCACAGCUACCAGGCGCGCCAGGGCACCGCCGACCUGGGCCCGCACGGAUACAACUACAUCGUGGACCUCACGUCCCUGGCGCAGGUGAACAAGGCCACGGGCUUCCGGCGGCAGGUGCGACGCCAGUGCAACCUCCCCUACCCGCUGGCCUCCAACGGGCCCCCGGCCAUCCCCUCGGGCCCCGCGUGCUCCUGCCAGCAGUGUCUGAGCCACAGCAGCACGGGGCCCAUGCCCAGCCGCUCCCGGCAUUCCUUUUCGUCGGGGAGUCUGAACAGGCCCAGCCUGCAAGCGACGGGGAGGGUGGCGGUGGCGGCGGCGGCGGCAACGGCUCACCCCGCCUCUGUGUACUCGCCAUACCCGAGAAGACCCCUCUCUGUCGGGGGGAUGUCUUGGGGCAGCCCCUGGCCUCCGCCGCCGCCCGCUGGUAGUCAACUGUCUGCUCCGCCGCUUCUGACCAGCUCCGCCAGCGCGAACGGGUUAAGCGUUCCCUCCAUCUCUGUGCAGCUGAACGGAUCCACCAGCGUCAGCUCUGCCCUGGCAGGCAUGGCCUCCAUUUUGAUGUCAGCAGUGGGACUCGGCGUGCACUUCACCUCUGCCCCCCUCCCUCAGCAGCAGCAGCAGCAGCAGCUACAGCUACAGCAUCAUCAGCAUCAUCAGCAGCAUCAGCAGCAACCUGCUCCUUUCUCUCUUCUUCCUCCUCCUCCUCUCCUCCCCCCGGCCAGCAGCAGGCCCAGCAGCAGCAGCAGCAGCAGCAGUUCAGUUAGGAGAGCAAAGAGGCAGCACAGGAGAGCCUCGGCUCAGAGACCUGAGGACGUGAUCCAGCGCUACAUGCAGGUGGCGGCCGGAGCGCCGGACGAGGACUGUAUCAUCUGCAUGGACCAGCUGUCCAACCCGUCCGGCUACGAGACGCCGUCCACCGACGAGGGAGGAGCUCAGAACACCCUGCCGGACGCUGUGGGCAAAUUCAUCAAGUGUGGACACACGCUGCACAUGCUCUGCAUGCUCGCCAUGUACAACAACGGAACCAAGGACGGCAGCCUGCAGUGUCCCUCGUGUAAGACGAUCUACGGAGAGAAGACCGGCACGCAGCCCAAAGGCAAGAUGGAGAUCUACAGCAUCGCCCAGUCGCUGCCUGGCCACCCGGACUGCGGCACCAUCCAGAUCAUCUACAGCAUCCCUCCGGGCCUACAGGGCCCGGAGCAUCCGAACCCAGGUCAGCCGUACAGCUGUAGAGGCUUCCCGCGCUUCUGCUUCCUCCCGGACAACGACAAGGGCAGGAAGGUGUUGGAGCUGCUGAAGGUGGCGUGGAUGCGGCGCCUCAUCUUCACCGUGGGCACGUCGAGCACCACCGGCGAGCCCGACACCGUGGUGUGGAACGGCGUCCACCACAAGACGGAGAUGAUGUCCAACCUGUCGGGCCACGGCUACCCCGACCCCAACUACCUGGACAAUGUCCUCUCUGAGCUGGCCUCUCAGGGCGUGACGGACGACUGCCUCAAACCUCCCGGCGGCGGCAGCAGUAGCUAGGCCACGCCCCCCCCUGACCUCCAACACCCCUCCGUCUGUUAUCUAGCACACGUCAGCCCAGAAUUCAUGGAGUGAGCUGGACUGAAGGUUCUGGAAGCUUCACCGCGGAGGAACCGACAUUCCACCUCGUCACUCGGGAGAAGCGCGGAGGCUCCUCCCACUUUUUCUUUAGUUUUUUUUUCUUUGCCGUUUUUCCCAUAAGGCCUCAUCUGUAUCCUUUGUCCGGUUACCAUGACAAUGGUAGCUUUUUCGCUGGGCGGGGCUGGGGAUAUAUAUAUAUUAAAAAAAAUCUCAUUGAGCACUUUAGUGCUGACGGUGCGUUUUCGCUGAGGCGUGUGAUUCUCCCAUCGACGGGGGCAGGCGACUUGUUUCAAAAAUUGGGAAGUUAUGCAAUUUUAAGUGUUACCGCAGUUUGUGUUCAGCACAACCACAAACACACACACACACACACACACACACACUGAAACCUUAGUAGCAAAGUGAGUGUAUAUUAACCCAUUUGAUGAGAAGGGGGCAAUACUGUACUGUUGUAAAUAAGAAAAACAAAAACAUGAAUGGAUUAAAAAAAAUAUGUAAAAGGAUAAAAAAAAGAACACCGGUUGUGUCCACAGAUGCCAGGUAAAGCAGGACAGAGUUGUAUAUUUUCAAACGUUUAACUUUGUCUUAUUUCACCAUCUGUCCUCAUAUUUUUUAUUCCCUGAUUUGAUAAGCAGAUGUUUCUAAUGUACUCACUGUGUGAUUUAAUUUUUUUUUUUUUUUUUUUCAUGUUUUGAAAGCGCAGUCGCAGGCAUUGUUUUUUGUUUUUUUUCGGUCAAUUAAUAUGUUUGUGUCGCCGUGUACGUGAGAAGGGACGAGGUUUUCGCCGCGUCAAGCUCGCCGACCUCGACCCUUUUGGUCCGAACAGAUGGGGACGGACGGAUCGCUGAGAUUUAAAAUAGAAAAAAAAAGGAGACAAUCAAGGUCGUCGAAACUCGUCUGCGCUUUGAACAAGACGAGCGGAGCCGCGGACGAAGCACGUCGACCGAAAAAAACUCACCCGCUGUAUCGGCGUGCGUCAUUCCGCUCAGAGUACUGCAGCACACAGUCGCCGGACUGGAGUUUUGACCAUGUAUACAAGCAAAACUGAAAAAUGUCUGCAAUAAAGAGAAGAAAAGCAAAA